GCUUGGGCAAGCGACCAUGAAAGCCGCAGUAUUGCUUUUUGUGCUUUUGAAGAGCCUCAUCCACUACCCACAGCUCGUGGGUGAUGCUCAGGAUGAGGAAACACGUCAUCACAUGGAAGUGCGUGCAAAGCAGCUGGAAUGGGAGAGGAUUCGGAUGGAGCAGGAGGUGGAACAGCUCUCCCUGAAGCAGAGUGGCAGGGCCUGGGGAGAUCUGCUCUGCUUUUCUAUACAUCCCUGGCAAGCCUGGGCUGUUGCUGGGCUCCUUGUCCUUCUCUUGAGACUGUAUUUUUAUUGGAAGAAAAGGAGCCAUGAGGCAGAGGACAGUGGCGAGGAAGAUGGAGAAGAUCCUGUUCUUGACAAUGAUCUGAGAUGGCUUAUACAAGAGCACAUACAGUGGCCUGUACUUGACCUACAGAAAGGCUGUGAGAGGACAACUGACCUGAUGGACAAUUAUACAGUUUAUUUUGGACAUGUUUUGGCAAACAGCUUCUACCCAGGCCUGAAACGAGCCAUCGGGGUGGGCAGCGCCUUCGAAGGCUGGAGUCCCCGAGAGCAGGAUGUUGUGUACCAGGUGCUCAUACCCAUGACUCCUCCCCGAGGCCACAGCUUCCACCUGGAGCUGGACUCUGCAGAGCAGAGGCAGGGGAGGAACUUCCGUGUCCGCGUGCAGCUGGAGUGCACCUGCAGCAAGGAGCAGCAGGCUGAGAACAUGCUGUGCUUCCUGCACCACCCCGAGGAGGAGCUGAGGAGCAAUCAGGAUCCCAGCCUCCUGGACACCCUGUGCACCAACUCCUACCUGGAUGUGCAGAAAACUGCCCGCUGGUUCUACCAGCUGGUGAGAGCCAUCUGGCCAGCUUUGCCGCAGUCACACAACUGGCAUUUAAAGCUGCUGCCCUCCAGACGCUCCUGCCAAUUCCAGGUGACCAAUGGCAGAAAAACCUUCAGGAUUGAGAUACUGUUUGGGGUGCGGAGAGGUGACUCCCACAUCUUUGUGAGCAGCCAACCUGGAUGUGCUGGAACCCCAAGCACUCUGUGGCCUGAGAGCUAUGCUGUGGCAGAGGUGAAGUUCUUCCAGCACAUCGCCAGGCGGGCCCCCCCUGACAGCUUGCACCUGAGAUGCCUGCAGCUCUUCACCCGUCUUCAGCUGGGCAUAGGCUUUUCCACCUACACCAUGAAAACCAUUGUCAUGCACCUCCUGAACACUGUUCCCGUGUCACAAUGGCGCAGGAGAGAUUUUUUGCGGCGUCUGGGGGAUAUCAAUGUGAACCUGCGCUGCUGCCUGGAGAAGAAGCACCUUAGCCACUUUGUCAUAGGCAACAAGAGAUUUCCUCGGCAGAUCAGGCUGCCCCUGGACAUUACAUCAGCUGAGCCACCCAAUCUCUUCCACCACCUGGCACGGCAUCCAUCUGUCCACUCACAGGCUAUGAGUGAGUACCAGGAUCUUCAGUAUCGGCUGGCAAGUGUGCUGCUCAAUGGCCACUGAAAGAGGUGCUCAUGCAUACAGCUGUGCUUGUGGGCUCGCAGCCAAUGGCAGAAAACCACCUCAUAGUGCCGGGAAAGAGAGAGGAGAGUGUGGCACGCAGAGAGAGAGAAGGUAAAACGCUGUGCAGCAGCACUCUGCCAGCAGCAGCUGCAGCAGCGUCAUCUCGACAGUCUCCCCAGCACAGCAUCCAGUGAUGACUACGGUGUGGAGGCACAGGGAAAUGACUUCCACUGCAGGGUGGAUUGUGGUGAUGCACUCACCCUGCCCCUGGCUGUGAUCUGAGAAAUGCUCGUUAGGCCUUGGUCUUCUCAAACUCCACUUAUUCUAAGCCCCAUUUGAAUGUAUCAGAAACAUUAUUUGUCCCCAGGAACUGGCAGGUGUCUAGCUAACACCAUUUUUUCAAGGAAUAGCCUUGAAAACUUUAUUUUCUUUCUGACUAAGAAUCCAAGUGGGAUAAUAUUUUUGUUGACAAACCUUCAAAUAAAGUUAC